CCACGCUGUAGCUUGUGCUGCUGCGCCUACCAACCACCCCGUUUCUCCACCAACGCACAGCGCCAUAUUCGCACUGCAGACUUUUGGUUCAGUUGCAGCAAACUGUUUGCCACUGUCGCACGGGUGCCGCCAAAUAAAUCUUUUUUUGGAGAUCAAACUAGCAAAAAACUGUUACAUUGUAGCAACCAGACUCACGGAUAAAAAGAUACGUCGAUUUAUGGUUUUAGUGUAAAGUUAUUGUAUCACUCUCUUCAGAACCAGUGUCGAUACAACACCGGGCGGACGAAUUUCAAACAUGGGCACAUUUUCGGCAUGGUCGAGCUUUCUGGUGGUCUCGCUGCUAGCUGUGAAAGUCCUGUCCCAGGAUUUUGGUGACUUCGACCUGUCUGAUGCCUUGGAUGAUGGCGAUGUCACUAAAGCACCAGCAGCAGCCACACCGAAACCCAAACCGGUUCCAUCGGGAGCAGACCUGGACCUGUCAGACUUCUUUGGAGAGGGUGACAAGAUUACCACCACCAAAGCUCCUUCUAAGGUUCCUCCUAAAGUCCCAGCAACCAAGGCCCCGCUCAAACCCAAACCCAAACCAGAUGACACCCAGGCUGAUUUUGACUUUGGGCCCGGCCUCCGCCCGGGCCUGCUCCCCCGCGCCACCAAGGGCCCCCGUAACCCACCUAGGCCCCAGCCCGCAGGUGAUGAGUUUGACCUGAGUGACGCUCUGGACCCCAAAAACGACAUUGGAGGGAAGGACAAGAACAAGGGACAAGCAGAUAAAGGUAUCGGAGGCGGGGGCAAGGGUGCCGGAGCUUCCAACAACAGAGGGGGGAAUGGGGGUGGAUCCUUCUCGGACGACGAUCUGUUUGACGUUGGAAAAGACAACACCUAUAAACCCGACAAAGGGAAAGGCGGACGUAAUGGUGGCCCAUCCACUGCUGAUGACAACAACUAUGACACCAUGGCGGAGACCGGAACCAUCGCAGGGAUCGUCAGUGCCGUUGGCGUGGCGCUGGUUGGCGCGGUUACAAGCUACAUCUCCUACCAGAAGAAGAAGUUCUGCUUCAGCAUACAACAGAGCCUGAAUGCAGACCUGGUGAAGACCGAUAACCCGGACGCUGUGGUGGCCACAGAACCACAAGUUCAACAGACUCUUCUGGAGCCCCCCAAUGCUGAGCCCCCUAGUGAGGAGAACGCUGUCUAACAUCCCCCCGUUCUGCCUCGUCCCCCCGACCUACACACACGCACAAACAAAGAGGGCAUGACAACACACACUUACAUGCUCCCACCGUAUGAAAUAUCUCUCUCCACCUGACACACACCAACACACACACACCACUUUUGAAUGAUAGUGCCCCCCCCCCCUUAUACCUGGCUAUACAGAGAUCGGCAAAGUCUGUUUGUCAUGUAGCGUUCCAUUGGCGGCCAUGUUGACGCUGCCAACUUGCAUGACAUUUUAAGGUCAGAAUGUCAUUGUGACAUAACUUGGUGCCAACAUGGAGGGCAGUUUGCCGACCUCUGUAGACCUACCCCUGCCAAACUAUGUGUAAAUAUAAUUUUAAUUUAUUUGAACUGUUUUGAAUACCACUAAUAUGCCUGUUUACUAUAUGAUUAUGUAGGAGAUGUUAACCUGAUCCCGGAUCAGUUUGAGUUUGACAAUGAUAGUCAGAGGACUUGCUAAACUAAAACACAUACAGAUCUCGGACCAGGCUUCCAUCUUGGUAUUUCCUGAAGAGAUAGUAUAGGACAUAGUAUAGCCCACAUACUUGUCCCGUAACUCUGUUUAUCCAAUCAAAAAGCUUAUCUAAUCGACACAAGCCCUAUGAUUGGUGUGGAUUUGUUUGCUUAAGCAUAUUAAAAAGAAGUGAUUUGAACUGUUUAACUGUUGACGCUAGAAAUCAAACGUCGAUUGAUAUCCGACCUGCACUUUCUAUCUAUUGGAUUGCCUUCAAUAUUAGUUGAAUUGGUUGAAUUCAAUUGGUUGUACGUAUAUCCCUCGUGUGAUUUUGUACCAUUUCUACCUUCAUUGUAUAUACUCGUCUUGUCCUACAGACACAAAGCGUUUUGCAGUGGUUACUUACACAGGUUCAUGUAUAAAAGCUGCAUUUUUAUAGCCUUGAUGCCAGUCUGUUUGUGCUUUUUAGGCACGUCCUUGUCACUCAUUGUAAUGCUAGCAUUUUUAUAGUGUUGAUUUUGAGGAUGGGGAAAAAAUGAAGCAAUUUGAACAACUUAUUUGUUACCUACUAACCCCAGAGCUGCUGCUUAUUGUCCAUCAUAUAAUUUGUGCUUUUUAAAGACACUGAAGAGAAAAUAGUCUCUUUUCCAAUAUCCUUAAUAGCAUACUACUUAGGGAACGAACCAGUAGGGAAUGAACCAGUGUAUUGGGUCCUAGCAUUCUAAGUAGUAUUCCAGUAUGGACAUCGGAGGGUACACAAAGGCUCUGUUCCAAUAUCCACACUAGCACACUACUUAAGCUGCGUUUAUACUGUCAGUCCAAUUCUGAUAUUUUGCCCAAUUAUUGACAAAAUAUCUGAUCUGAUUAGUCAAAAUACCAAUUAGUGGCAAAAGAUCAGAAUUGGGAUGCCUGUGUAAAUGUAGCCUUAGGGAACGAGCCUGUGUAUGAGGUCUUAGCAUUCAAAGUAGUAUGCUAGUAUGGAUAUUGUAGCGUAGCCUUUAAGUCUACUUGUGUGGAAACGUGUUUGUGAUGAAGAUACUAAUACUACUCUUUGUACGUUGUAUAUCUAUUUUGUCUUAUUGAGAUAAUGCCAGUGCUAGAGAAAGUUAAGUAAAUGUGAAAUCGAAGCCUAGUUGAGCUUUAAAACCUCUUGAUAUUGAAGUAACAUAAUGGUCGCGUUCCAGGCCAACUACAAUGCAGACGUUGCAGAUAUUCCAAGGCAUCAACCAAUAGUUGCGUGCCACAUCAUCGACUUGGCAGUCAGGCAUCAGGUUGCUAUAUCAUAAUGUGGUUAGCUGAUGUGUUAAAGUCUUAUCCAAGCAUUGUGAGAUCUGGAAGGCGUCUGCAAUGUAGUCAUUCUGUAACGCGCCCAGUGGCUAUAUAGAAAAUGGAAGUUUGUUUUUGUAACAAAGUCAUUUAUGGCUAAGUAUAGACUUCUGAAGUCCUUCAGAUUUAGCUCUUUGCUAUAUGAAAGCAUAGUUAGUUAUUAGUCUUAGGUUCUUUGGGUAGUCUUUAUACUAGGUGUUGCUUUGCUGCAGUCAGUUGCUUGUUUGGAUGAUUGGGAUCAAUUCCAUCUCAAACCAGCCAAUUCGGGAAGGGAUUUCAAAUUCCAUUUCAAGAAUUGAGAAAAUGCACAAGAAUUUAUAAAAAUCCUUAAUUGAAAAACAAUGGCACAUUUCAGUUCAUGAAUUGGGAUUUGAAAUCACUCCCUUGAAUUGACUUAAUUGAAAUGGAAUUGGCCCCAAUCCUGGGUUAGGAGACUAGUAGUGAAAGUGAAGCUUGUAAAUUGCGGUGUGAGUAUACCUCUGUGUUUUUACUAUUACUUGUUGUAUGAGCAUAUUCCUUGAUAUUACGGUGUGUCCCGAUGAUCUAUACACUCGUUCCUAAGUGUGUUUUUGCUAGAAAAUAAUUGCGUCUCUGCACCCCCACUCUUUCUACACUAACGUUUCCUAGAGUGGGUUUUGUCUUAACUUCUUAGCUCAAGUUAUAACAUUUAUUUUAGAUAUAGAAGAACAUUUGUUUCCAAGUGACUUUUAUUCCAGAAAUGAAAACCUUUUUAGUAUGAAUCUAAAAUGGCCCCCUAUUCCCUUUGUAGUGCACUACUAUAUAGGGAAGAGGAUGGGAUUUGGGAUGUAGUCCUACUGUAUGCUGCACCCUGUUCUGUUUGGCUCUCUUGUUGCCUUGGAAACGCAGCUCUAGAACCACUCCUGUGACGUUCCAGCACUCUCCCUACCUGUAGUAACUCACUGUCCCUAACAACUGCGCCAGGAUCAUUUGUAUCAUCUUACUUAUAAUGGGUAAGGUAACGAUUUAGGUCGGAGGAACUGUUGUUAACCCGUUAAAAAUACGGACGGAAUAUCCCGAAAAACACAUUUCAGUUCAAGGCAUUCAGUUGUACAACUGACUUAGGUAUCCCCCUUUCCCUUUCUUUUCCAUUCAUUUUCAAUCCUUCUAAUUAAUUCUAAUCUAUGACAUAAUAAAGGACCGUAGUAUUGCGGAAUACAACACAGGACAAUACAACUGGCCAAAAAUUAUAUUUCACAAAGGUUAAAAGGUCCAAUGCAGCAGUUUAUUAUCUCAAUAUCAAAUAAUUUCUGGUUAACAAUUGAGUACCUUACUAGCUAGGUUUCCAUCCAAUUGGUGAUUUUCUUGCAAAUAUGCUAACGUCCACAUGAAAACAUUAUGCACAUUCUCCCACCAGAGAUGUUUCCACCAAAUUGACUUGUUGCAGAUAAAAGGCUGUGUGUGAUGACGUGGUGCACAUGAAAAUACCUUUUUGCGGUUAAAUUCCCAUGUACCGAAUAAAGAAAUCCAAGUUACUGUAAAUGGGUUUCCAUCGCAUUUUCAACUCUAUUGAUGGUUUUCACCAAAGAAAUUGCAUUAUAUAGCGCGUGCCCACUCUGGUAUUGGCAUGUGCGCGCUAGCCAAUAGCUUGCAGAUAACUUUGCGGGUAUAGCCUACAUUAUAAGAUUAUUAUGGACAAACGGCAGCCAAGCAUCGAUGAUCAUGUCACCAGAAUAAGACCCUAUAUAUUUAUUGGAAAGGAGCAUCAAGCUCACCACCCUGUGAAGUUCAUCCUAAUUUAUUUCAUCUGUAGCCUAAUGAACUGCAUGCUUUCCCGACGAGUCGUAGUGGGACGACCACACAACAUGUCAUCGUGUGACUCCCAUGUUUACUUCGAUAUGAUGGUUAUUAUAUCAAUAUUUGCGCAUUAAAGCAUUUCCACCAACAUUUCUUGCAUAAUUAUUUUUACAAACACAAAAAGAUCCCACCAUGUCUAGCGCAUUUUGUUUUGUCGACAUUUGAAAAGUUUACCGGCAAAUUUUAUGUUUCCAUCAGACAUGUUUUAUUUGAUGUACUUUACGCGCAUAAAACUUUUGGAUGGAAACCUGUUUAUUGUGAUUGGUUUCAAUUAAAAUAGUCAAAAGGAAACAAAAUUAGCCAUUUCUCAAGCAAGAAUUUUGGUAGGAAUGUCUGGGAGUGGUCUGAGUGGGGAGGGGAAAGCUGAUGUCAUCAGGCAGGCCAAAACUCCAUCCCAACAAAACAGGACAACAUUUCAGCUGGCCUUUUCAAACAGCUCUUACACUAAAAGGGCAUUAUCAUCAUUUUCACAAUUUCACAGUAUUAUUCUAACCUUACAGUGGAAAUAUAUAUAAAACACAAGGAAAAUCACGUUUUUGACUGCACUGGGCCUAACUAAGGGGCAGUGAGUAACUGGAGAACUGUAGUUAACACUUUCCUCUCCUGUCACCCAGAUUCAGGUGUGCAUUGCUAACCUCUCUCCUAUGACACUGCUGUAGUAGUUAUGGUGCUUCUCUAUGCCUUAUAACCUGCUAGCUCAUGCUGGGUCCCCCAGUACUAACCACAUAGAUCUAGAAUCAAUAGAAUGGACAACGUUUUCUCCGAGCAUUUGGGAUUGUUCUGUAUGUAAACCCAAGACACUCCAUUUAAUAUGCUACGUUACAUUUCAUAUGGUAUGUAUUCAUUUGUGGAUGUCCUUCAUCCAUUUCAUGAUAUGUUACGAAUUGCGAUGCGUCCAAUAUGUUACAAAUUGCAAUUCGUACAAUAUGUUACGAAUUUGCAUGGCGUACAAUAUGUUACAAAUUCCAAUUUGUUGUUGCUAAUGUUAGCUAGCUGGCUAAAUAGGGGUUAAGGUUAGGGAUAGGAGUUAGGUUAAAGAGUUAAGGUUAGGGUUACGGGAAGGGUUAGCUAACAUGCUAAGAAGUUGCUAAUUAGCUUAAAAUGCUAAAGUUGUCCGUGAUGAGAUUUGAACACAACCUUUGGGUUGCUAGAUGUUCGCGUUAUACCAAAUGUAGCAUCAUACUAAUUUCAGUGUAUGGAUUUGCAUUUACUAUGUUACGUCUAGUCUAUGAGACCAGUCUGGAACGGAACAUUCAUUGGCUAGAAUGGAUAGAAUUUUCUCAGUGUUCUACACAUGCAACAAUGGUGUGGGAACUAGAGAUGAUAUUUCUAUGGGAACUACCAAUUGAAUUCUGUGGUCUAAGGGCAUGUGUCCAUUCUAUGCAUUCUAUUUCUAUGUCUAAAACACCCCAGUGACUGAGAUCUGUGCUUACACACAAAAAAACAACAACGAAUGUUAAACGAAUGUAAUCUUUCUCUUAACUCAGAUGCGACAGCGCCUACCGCGGUGCUUUUCGCUCGUAGCAAAGAUGUUUAAAAACCCACCAAAGAUGUAGCAUUGAUGGAUUUUCAGAUUUUCAGAUAUUGGAUCUUAGUGUUGUGCUUUGGGUUGAAUGUUUCACUUUAUAACUGCCACUAAAUAGUAGAGGAAGGCACCCCCUUUCUUUUUACUACUGCUUGCGAGGUAGUUUUGGGCACAACCAAAAAGAAAACAUGUGAAGACAUUCGAUUCUGGACCAAUUGAAUGUUUAGGAGUGUCUUCCACAUGAUAACAACAUCACAUAGCUACAUAAAAAUCCCCAAAAUAAAAUUACAUAGAAAUUCCUCACAAAUAUUCACUUUUUUAAACGUGGAUUGAGACUGUUAGGGCGAAGAAUCCCACCAUCCCGUCAUAGACUUGUUAUAGGCAUGGUAGACAUAAGAGAAUUUGAUUUGAAGAGCACAGAGUUGUGUGAGUCAGAAUUGCCUGUGAGAUGAUUAUCUUUUGGUACUAUGGUGUACUCUCAUGGUAUGGUGUACUCUUGUGGUACUAUGCUAUACUAUGUUGUACUAUGGUUUUGAAUGGUAUUAUUGUGCCUCUUGGAUGCAGUAUGGAUAAUUUGCCUCUUUUGGAAAUUAGAUCAUGUAAAGUUUUCGAAGACGUAAGGAAACGUAUAUACAGUAGUGUACGAGUCAAUGAACUAGGAGACGUUGCCCAGUAGUUUGCAGUCCUAAGGCUUCAACGUUUCCCUUGGUUUCUAUGGUUUACGAUAACUGGGAACUAAAGGUAACAGACAUAAUAGCAGUUGGAUCACCUUAAAUCUAGGGGCUCCUCUACUACACAUACGACGGUAUGGGCUAUAAUGGAACUGUACAAAAAUACAAUGCAUGUUUUGGGAUAUUUAGCAGUAGUCUUUGGAAGUUUUCCCUCAUUGGGUUUGCAUUGAGAAAGCCUGGGCGCCAGUAUGUUUCUGCUCUCUUGCCAACUCCUUAUGACUUAACGCAUGACAGCAAUGGUGCUGGCAAGAGCACAAACAGAUCUGGGACCAGGCUAGCAUUGGUAGGCUUGGUCUGAUGAUAAUGUAUUUGGAUCAGGAGUAGUAGUUGGUGGUUGAAUGUGAAGGUAUGUAUGAACUGGCAGUGAAGUCCAGGAUGAGAACAAGAAGGAUCGGACCGGUAUGAUGUCAUAAUAGAAACCUGGAAGUACGCAAGAGUGCCAAGUUUUCCUAUCCAGUUCCAUUCACUGGUGGCUCUGUUCAAAAGUAGUGCACUAAUAUCUAGGAAAUAGGGUGUUCUUUGAGACAGUUCAAUUUGGUUCCAGUGCAGAUAUACUUCAUUAAGAAUGAUUUAUUACACAACUGUCUCAUUCUUCUUUAUCUCAUUCUAGAGUGAAGUCAUCCAGUCGUUGCACUAGCUGUCACUCCAACCCCACUGUCCAGUUAGAAGUAAGAACGCAGGGCUAUUAUGACAUCACAAUGUAAACAAUGUAUUCCAACUGUAGCAUUCACUUCAGAUAUGUACUAACAAUAUGGCCUUCUGCAUGCAUAGAAUCCACGCCUGAUUCACUAGUGCCUGUCAACUGAACACACACACACACACACACACACACACACACACAAUUUACGCACGCACGCACGUACAUAUGUAUGCACAAUCACACACAAAACACACAUUUUACAUGUAUGCACACACACACAGUCAAUGAAGGCCACUGGUUUGCUAACUAACAAUGAGCAUCUGAAUGUUGGACAAUCUUGGAUAAAUCUUAUACUAACAACAGAAAUGUGAUGAUUCCUACUGAGGCUUUCUAUACUGCUGUAGUUCUAUACUAUAUCUCACUGCUGUCUCUCACUCUCACUGGCAAUACAUUAUGGAACAACAUUCAUCAAUCAAUGAAACCCAAUAAAAUAAUUUGAAAAGAAAAGAAA